AUGACCAUGUGCGUGGUCGUGGUUACUACCCGGGCUGGGAACCCCCGGCUCUGCCAGCUGGAGCUGCCGGCCGGCUCUGGCCCGGGUGCCCGAAGCCUGGCUCCCCAGCCUGGCCCAGGAAGGCCGCGGGCCCCUCCCGGCGCGCCACCCCGCAGGCCUGCCCCUCGGCCAGCGAGCGCCCACCCUGCGCCCAUCCGGCUGCCCUCACCUCCCAGGCCCCUGGCCUCCCGGCUUCGGGUCCUGCUCGCGCCCAGGGCGCCUGGCCACGUCCUCCGCCUCUGCCGCGCGCCCCACCCUGCCGCCCGCGCUCGGCAGCGAGCCUGGCACGGUGCCAGGCUGCCUGGGAGCCCAGCCCUGGCGGGGAGAACUUUCCGGCGACGGGGCCCGUCAUCCUCACUUGGCACCACGGCCACCUCGGCAGGCUGCCGCAGCUGGGUGGUGCAGAAGUCCAACCCAGGAACGGGCACUUCCCAGGCAGCCCGGCUGCUGCAGGAUGGAGGCGGGUGGCCAGCGGCGGCCUUUUACCAGCUCCAGCUCGUUAAUCCUGAGUGCUCCUGGGAGCUGGGAGUCAAGUUCAUGUCCCCAAGGGCCGGGAAGCAGCAGGGGGCCGAGGGGCCGCUGUCCCCCAGCCUCCAGCCCCAACUUUCUGCAUAA